AUGGACAGGAUGAAUACCAACUCCACAAAUAACAACGGGUUGCUGUCGAGAUCCGAAUCCAGGUCAGCCGCUACGACGUCGUCGCCUUCGCAAUUCGAUUUGCAGUGGGGCAGCCGGAAAGGGUUGCGCUGCAUGAAGGUCCACGGUAAGGACCACAGUACCAGCAACGACCCGAGCGGUUCGAGAACGGUUCGGCGCGCGACGGCUCGCGUAGACCGGCGGGCAGUUAGAUCCGAUACGUAUAAUAACGCGGGCAAGGACCCUAUGACAAAUAGGAGCAGCGGUGGCCAUCUGAACCUCCGUCAACGUCCAGCUUCUCCCUCUCGACGAAUUUUGAGGAAUUCAGAGGUUUCAAUUGCUAUGAAGGGACACAGCAAUGGAGUGAGGGACUUGUCCUCAUCCAUAAAUACCAACACCAAUAAUAAUAAUAAUAAUAAUAAUAACAACAAUAGCAACAUCAAGAACAAUAAUUUCUACAAUCACCACCAAAAUAAUGGCAACCACCACCACGCCGCCGCCGGAGGUGGGUCGUCGGAGACGGCUGCCGCCGCCAUCUGGCCACAGUUUGCUAUUGCCCUGACGAAUAAGGAGAAGGAAGAGGAUUUUCUGGCGAUCAAAGGGUCAAAGCUGCCUCAAAGACCUAAGAAGAGGGCCAAAUUUAUUCAGCGCACCCUCAAUUUGGUGAGUCCAGGUGCAUGGCUAUGCGAUUUAACACUUGAACGAUACGAGGUUCGAGAGAAGAAAGUUUCCAAGAAGAUCUUGACGGCGGACCCGAAAACGAAGGCAGCCGCGGCGGCGGCGAAGGCGACGGCGAGUGAAGGCGAGGCAACGGAGGACGGCGACGCAGGAGCAGGAGCCGGCGCGUCCUGCGCCAGUGAGCUCCCCACUAGGGCGAGGAUCGUGGCUACCGCCGUUAGGACUCCGGCUUUAGACACCGCCAUUGCACUUUUUAUCGCUGGAGUUUGUGUUUUGUGCGUGAGACAGUGCGUUUAUCAGAGGAUAAUAGCAGAGCAGUUGUGA